AUGUUCGCAUGCAUCGUAUUUACAUGGGAUUAUCAUUCAUCCAUCUCCUUCUGGAGUGGCCUUCGGGUUCAGCCCAUUCUAUCCGAUGAAGUGCAGACGUUCAAAGCCCUCAUCACUGUUCACAAAGUGUUGCAAGAGGGGCACCCAGUAACUCUGAAAGAAGCUCAUGGACAGACAGCGUGGCUUGAGACCUGUGCUCGAACAGUUGGCACGGAUGGACAGCGAGGAUAUGGACCCUUGAUCAAGACCUAUGUCCAGUUCAUCUUGGCGAAGCUCAGAUUCCAUCGUAUUCGACCUGAAUUCAAUGGCUUGUUUGAAUACGAAGAAUAUGUUACCUUGAAGGGAAUCGAUGAUCCGAAUGAAGGAUACGAGACUAUUUCGGACUUGAUGGGACUACAAGAUCAAAUUGAAUCGUUCCAAAAAAUGGUCUUUUCACAUUUUCGACAUUCGACGAACAACGAAUGCCGAAUCUCCUCUUUGGUUCCCCUCGUCAAGGAAAGUUGGGGUAUCUACAGAUUCAUAACAAGUAUGAUGAGGGCCAUGUAUCGUCGGACGAAUGACGUCGAUGCGCUUGAGCCUUUGCGGGAGCGAUAUUCCUCUCAGCAUUAUAACCUUCGCAAAUUCUACUACGAGUGCUCUAAUCUCAAGUAUCUGACUGGUCUCAUCAAUGUCCCAAAACUAGGACAUGAACCGCCAAAUUUGUUGGAUUCUGGGGACGCACCGGACUUGCCUGCUCGCCCGAAGACGGCAGGGACACCACCGCCGUCUGCAGCGUCACCAAGUGCCGCAGAAAUUGACGAGCAAGCUCGCAUGUUGAAGCAGUAUGAAGAUCAGCAAAACGCUCUAAAAGCUCAGCGAGAAGCGGAGGAACGGCGCCGACUUGAGCAAGAACAACAGCAACAGAAAGAAUUUGAGCAGAGACAGCUGGCACAAGCUGAGGCGCAAAGGCUUGCGCAGGAACAAUUACUACAGCAGCAGCAACAACAUAUGUACAACACUCAAGCUGCGCAGCAGGCAAGCGAGCUUGAACGGGACCUACUUGCCAUGCGAGGCCAAUAUGAACGCGACCAAAUAUUCCUGGAGCAGUACGACCGCCGCGUCAAGGCCUUGGAGGCUGAGCUAGCUGGUAUUCAACUGAGCGCAAACUCCCAAAUGCUUUCCAAGGACGAAUUGAUCAAACAACUUCAAGAUCAAGUGACCCUCUGGCGUAACAAAUAUGAAGCCCUUGCGAAACUUUACAGCCAACUUCGUACCGAGCAUCUUGACAUGCUCUCCAAGUUCAAGCAGAUGCAACUGAAGGCGAACUCUGCACAAGAAGCUGUCGACCGUAUGGAACGAAUGGAAAGGGAUCUAAAAGCAAAGAAUUUAGAAUUGGCUGAUAUGUUGCGUGAGCGAGAUCGAGCUCGGUUCGAUAUCGACCGGCAGAAAUCCUCUCACAAGGAAGAAAUCGAUCGCCUUAAACGAGAGCUGUCAUUCUCCAACGAACGCGCUGAGGAUUCUGCCCGUUCUAAAAAUACGGAGGUCUCCUCAGUCAUGUCUAAGUACAAUAGGCAACUGUCAGAAUUAGAGGACUCGCUUCGAGCAAAGCAAUUCCAAAUCGACGACUUGCUUUCUAAACUGAACAAUGCGGCGGGUGAUAUGGAACGCCUGCGGGAGGAGAAAGACCAAGAGAUUUUGAUUUUGCAAGAAGGUAUGGAUAGCACAAUCCAGCAACUUUCAGAAGCAGAACAAAAUCGGGGAAUUGUGGACGAAACAACAAACGCACAAAUUGAUACUCUGAUAUUGGACAAUCGGAAGAAACUCAAUCAAAUCAUCGACUCGAUUCUGCAAGCGUGCAUUCAGAAAGUGGACGAUGCUGUCUACGAGCUGGAAUCGCCUACCCAAGCAGGAAAUUUAAACUCAACACCUGAAUAUACGUUGUCCAUGAUCGAGAAAGCCGUCAGUAACGCCACCGAAUUUGCGACGAUAUACAACCUUUAUCUCGGAGGCGAAGUCGGUGGUGAUCACGUUGAAGUCAUCAAAUCGGCCAACGAAUUUGCUCAAUCCCUUUCUGAGGUUUUGAUAAAUACGAAAGGCAUCACACGUUUGGCGAGCGACGAUGAUGCCUCAGACAAGAUCAUCAACGUCGCGAAAUCCGCUGGAGACUUUGGCCUACGGUUCUUUGAAAACCUUCAGUCCUAUAAACUUGAUCUUUUACAACCAACUCAACGCAAAGAGGUUGCGAUGAGAAAUAAUAGCCAAUCGCGUGCAGCACUUGCCAAGCUCUCUGAGGUGGUUGACGGGCUUAUACCCAAGGGAGCGAAGGCCGGGACGCUUGCCCGCGCGAACGGAGACAUUGGAGACAUUGUCGAGCAAGAGAUGUCGAGUGCUGCUCGGGCGAUUGAAAUGGCCACCGAGAGACUUCAGCAACUCAUGUCACGCCCAAAGGACUCGUCGCGUUUCAGUGCCGUCGAUCUGCAAGUCCAUGACUCCAUUCUCGCUGCAGCGAUGGCCAUCACCAACGCUAUUUCUCGCCUCAUAAAGGCAGCAACGGAUUCCCAACAAGAAAUCGUAUCUCAAGGCAAAGGCUCGAGCACAAUACAGCAAUUCUACAAGCGUAACAAUAGAUGGACAGAGGGUCUUAUUUCAGCUGCGAAAGCAGUUGCCUUUGCAACCAAUCUCCUUAUUGAAAGCGCAGAUGGCGUUCUGCUAGGUACCCAUUCUCUGGAGCAGCUCAUUGUUGCUUCGAAUGAAGUUGCGGCUGCCACUGCACAGCUCGUUGCGGCUUCUCGCGUAAAGGCCAACUUGAUGUCUAAGACUCAAGAGCGUCUGGAAGCAGCCGCCAAAGCGGUCACAGAAGCUUGCAAAGCUUUGGUCAGGCAGGUCAAGGCUGUAUCUGCGAGACAAAGCCAAGAGGAGGACGUCGACUAUAAGAACAUGGCGGUUCUAGAGUUCAAGCGAAGAGAGAUGGAGCAGCAAGUUGAAAUUUUGAAAUUGGAAAAGGACCUGGGUGCUGCACGUCAUCGUCUGGGCGCGAUGAGACGUGCUGGCUACCAUACAGACGAAACGGACUAA